GUACUGCAAAAAUAAACCAUAUCCAAAGAGUCGUUUCUGUCGUGGUGUUCCUGACCCUAAAAUCAGGAUUUUUGAUCUGGGACGUAAGAAGGCGAAUGUCGACGAAUUUCCUCUUUGCGUGCAUUUGCUCUCUGAUGAGUACCAGCAGCUAUCAAGUGAAGCAUUGGAAGCUGGACGUAUCUGUGCCAACAAAUACAUCACAAAGAUGGCAGGAAAAGAUUCUUUCCAUUUGCGUGUUAGAGUUCAUCCCUUCCAUGUAAUUAGAAUAAAUAAAAUGUUGUCUUGUGCUGGUGCUGAUAGACUGCAAACCGGUAUGCGUGGUGCGUUUGGUAAACCGACUGGUACCGUUGCUCGAGUCGACAUUGGUCAAAUUAUCUUUUCUGUGCGUACGAAAGAUAACAACAAAGAUGUCGUAAUUGAAGCACUUAGACGUGCAAAGUAUAAAUUCCCCGGUCGCCAAAAGAUUGUAGUUUCAAAGAAAUGGGGGUUCACAAAAUUAUCACGGGAGGAAUAUGCGGAAAAACGACAGGCUGGUCUUUUGCAACCCGAUGGAGCUUAUGUGAAAUAUCUUUCCCAUCACGGACCUCUUUCAGCACAUCUAGCCCAGAUUGCUGCGCUUGACUAA